AUGCGAACACCACCUGCUUUCAUUCAAAGGUCGCGCUCACUGCUCAAAGCAACGACAACGACGCGCAAGAGCAUCGACCAUCGUCAUCUAGCUAUCCGGCUUGAACGUGUUUCACGAAAAGACGGAACACCGCCGGCACCGCGUGUGUACAAGCGUCUUGCUUCGUCUACUUUACCGGCCAGCACAAGUUCAGAUACACCGGAACCGUCUGCUGAUGGUCCUGUACCUCCAGAGGAGCCUGAAAAGCCAUCAAAACGGACGCGAGUAUCUCCCACUGCUUCGAGCUCUCCGUCCACUCCGCCCGAGGACUGUAUACAGCUUCCUCAUGACUUGGACAUCCUUUGGGUUCCAGAAGACGGUCCAGCAGAGACUGAUUUCUUGAACAAUAUUAAUCUACCUCCUCCAGAGCUCUUUGAUGAAGCACUGACUAAUCUACACAUCACCCUUCAUCCCCAGACCCAGCAUAGAGCAGCCUAUUCUUCUUCUUCAGGUCCUCCAUUAGAGCCCACCCUUGCCCUUUAUUGUCCAAUAGAGGGUGGUGACUAUAUCAUUGAUGCCACUGUAAAAGAGCUUGCUCACAGGACAGGCGCUGAAGUCCUUGUCAUCGAUGCAGUCCAGCUUGCUGCCGGUGAAUGCGGCCAUUUUGGCAAAGCUGCAAAUGCCCUACAACUCCCCCGCAAUCCCCUCCAUUUCCAACCCCCACCUGCCUCGACCUCCCAAUUUCCCGCCCGUCCUGUUUCAUUCGAGGAAGACGACGACAUGGACAUGAUGUCUCCAAUCGCCAUCCCUUCUCAAAUGACCCUUCACCUUCUCGCACCCACUUCAACACGUGGGCGCACCUCUGUCCUUACUGCCUCCCGCAGCAAUCCCACUCCGAAUCGUAUUAAAACUUUCUUCGAUGACCUCGUCAAUAUGCCUUCUCCAAAUAACGCUGGGACUGCUGGUACUAACAUCACCCGUCGCCCACGUAUCAUCUACGUUCGCGACUUUCCUGUCCUCGCGUCUGCCUCUGCGACCUGGUACCCACAUCUACUUUCUGCCGUCCGCCAGCGCCGCAUCGGCCCUAUCGCCCGCCCGUCGUCCCCAGUGAGUAGCCCAACAACAAUCAUCUUUGGCAUCACCCCGCCCAUCGCGUCCACCCAUGCGUCUGCGUCCUCCGCAGGCCCGAGUCAGUAUGGCCUCGUCAACGUAGUAGGGCGCCGAAAGCCGCCACACUCUGCAGCCCCUACGCCUCCCCGCUCAGGUGCCGCUGACUGGGGCGAAGACGACGCUGCUGAGCGUGCCCGCGAGAAACGCCUCAAGGACCGGCUACGGCGUUGGGAGAAAGACGGGGAUGCCGCUCUACUCGAGAACCUCCCUGCGCUCUUCACCCGGCCUGAGGCUCCCGAGGGGGAACAAGGACCUCGGGGCGUCGUUGUCAUCGGAGGAUCGCCCAUGCCGCCAAUGCUUGAGUCUAUGAUCGCACAGCGUGGUAUGACGAACGGGAGCAGCGCAUCGGAGAGCGAAGUAACGACACCUUUCUUCCGCGCGUCGGUUCUCGUGCCUGGGGUGCGUUCGCAGGUGGAGGAACGCCUUUGCCGCACGAGCCGUCGACGGGAAAUCAAUGAACUCGCGAUGCGCAUGGGUGUUGGCGCGGUCGGAGGUGUCCUUGAACGUGCGGAGGCGGUAGAGGCGAAAGGUGAGGGCGAAUGCCAGGAAGGAAGCAAGGAGGACAUGUGGGAAGACUGGAGCAAUCACUUCGAGGCGUGGACGAGCGUGCGGCAGAUCGCAGAUCGGGCGGUGGGGAGCGUUGUAUCUUCCUCUGAACUUCCUCAGGAUAAGAAGCUAGGGCUCGAGCCAACGCCUGUGCCGUGGCCCACUGUGCACCAUGCCUGGGCAGCUCAGCGCUCAGCACAUAAACUGCGCAAAUCAUUCAUGCGCGACUCUGCGGUGAAGACAGUGAAGCAGAAGGAUGCAGAAGAAGAGCACGAGGCGGAGGGCGAGGAAACGGAGGGGGAGAAAGUGGAUGAGGUUGUGGAGCGUGUCAGGCAGGACCCAUAUCUAGAACAGCAUGAACAGAGACUGUUAUCUUGCAUCGUGGAUCCUACUUCGUUAUCAACAACUUUCAGCCAAGUUCACCUUCCAGAACGUACCGUCGACGCUGUCCGCACGAUUGUCUCCCUGCCUCUACUCCACCCAGCUGCGUUCCAGCAAGGCAUUCUGAAGGAACACGGCAUGACCGGAUGUCUCCUCUUCGGGCCCCCAGGAACAGGCAAAACGCUCGUCGUCCGUGCCCUCGCAAAAGAAGCUGGCUGUCGGAUGCUGAUCAUUUCACCCUCGGACGUCAUGGACAUGUACGUCGGCGAAGGAGAAAAGCUCGUCAAAGCUGUUUUCUCGCUCGCUCGCCGUCUCUCGCCCUGUGUCGUAUUCCUGGACGAAAUGGACGCGCUCUUUGGGGCACGGAUGUCUGGGCGCGAGAGCGGUGGAGCAUUUGCACAUCGUGGGGUCAUCACUGAGUUCAUGCAGGAGAUGGAUGGGUUGAAGUCAUCGAGAGAGGAUAGGGUCAUCGUGAUUGAGAUACUGAAGAUUUUACUUCGUGACGAGACGUUGGCGCCUGAAAUUGAUCUCAGGGGACUUGCAACGAAGACAGAGAGCUUCUCUGGAUCAGACCUCAAACAUCUUUGUGUCUCUGCUGCCCUGGAUGCCGUCAAAGAGAAUGUCGAGGUUCCGUGGAAGCCUGAAGUUCACACAUCCUCAUCGGCUAGCGAGCUGAUCACUCCUCCUGAGGUGGCUUCGCUGGACACUGCUUCUGCCUCACAGACACCAGCAACAGAGACCCAAGUAGACGCCCAGGAAUCGUCGCUCGAAGAACCAGUAGUCGAACCAGCACCCCAUGUCCGCGUCCUUUAUAUUCGCCAUUUCACCAAGGCACUCAAGGAAAUCACGCCUUCUUCAUCCGAGUCUCUCGGUACCUUAGCAGACCUUCGGAAAUGGAAUGAGGAGUUCGGUGAGGGCCGAAAAGACAAGAAGCGUCAGGUGUGGGGGAAGGGCAGGUUCGGAUUCAUCAACAAGACCGUGCCAACACAAGAAGACGGGCGGGUGACGACGAACAGUGCACCACACCCAUCAAUAGAGCGAUAG